ACUCCGCUCCGGCCCGAGCAGCCGAACUCUCCUCUCCUCUCCUCUGCCUCGCGCUGCCUGCCCGGGGCUCGCGAGGAGGCGUCGCGCGGAGCGUAGCGCGAGGAGGAAAUUAACGCCCGGCUUUAAUUAAACGGACUAGUUAAUGAGAAUACUAGUUGCUACUGAGGAAAACCGGCACGAGGAGACGCUGGAAACAACCCGCCCACCUCCACCCUCCUCCUCCUCCUCCUUCUCCUGCUCUUCCUCCUCCGCUAUGGCUCCGCGCUCCGUCUGGUCUCGUGCUGCUGCUGUCUACGCUAAAUCGGCGGAUCGAGAUCGGGACAGUUCCGCCCGUGAUGAGGCCGAAGAUGGGACGCCAAAACCCGCGGAAGAACAUCAACCGGAGAUGACCUCAUUAAUUUUAUGUUUUAAUUCUAAUAUGACAUUUUAUUUAAUUCCUCACUUGUCACCGUGAGGAGGAGGAUGAUGAUGAUGAAGAUGGGUGUUUUGACGACUGGGUGACAACGGGGAACGCACCCCCCCCCCUCCAAUUCUUCUCAUCCUCAUCCCCCUCGCGCCGCCACCACCCCUCCAUCCAAUUAUCAUCCAUCCAUCCGGUCUACACGCGGUAUGGGCUUGUCUCGUGCCAUUCCGGGGUGCCUUGGCUGCCUGCACGCGGGAGAGAGAGCGAGAGCUGCAGGUGUGUGCAUGGUGGGUCUCGUGACGGAUUAUCAACAAACGCCACACACAAGACCCCUUCUGCCAGGAGAGAGAGAGGGCGAGGAACAGAGAGACAGACAGAGGAGGAGAAGAAAAAGAAGACGUCUUGGAAGACACUUGGAAGACACCCCACACCCCCACCCCCUCCUCCUCCUCCCUCCUGCACACCCAACCUCGUCACACACACACAUAAACAUUCAUGAAUACACCUCCCCUAUUUUUUUUUACACCCCACAACUAUCCUACUAUAAGAAAAAAAAAACUUUUUUUUCUUCCUCAUUGGAAAGAAGAAAAUCCCUCCAAAGAAACUCCAACAAACCAGUCAGAGGGAACCUCAGACGAAGGUGCAGAAGAAGAAGAUGGCCCAGAGGUCGCUCAAAGUGAUGGCAUCUAAGUUCUUAGGAGCUUUCUGGAGGCCGUUUCCUUCCAUCAAAACAUCAGAGAAUAAGAGGCAAUCUUUCGAUGGCAGAGCCAGCAGAGAGCCAGCAGAGAUCUGCAGCAGGGCCGCUUCACCUCCGCUUCUCCCCCGUUAAACAUUUUAUCUCCAGAGGAGGAAUGAAUGCCAGGUGCUCUCUCGCGCCUGACAAGCCGGCCUCUCGCGGCCACAGGCCCACCCCAGCGGUCAGAUUGCAGGAGACCGUUGGAGAGACACCGUCACGUGACCCCCGGUACCAAAUGGUCUUCCGGCAGUGGCUCUCAACAAGGACCGGAGCACACCAAGACGCCGCCACUCCUCUCAGAAAUGCAGAAGACAACAUACUACGACAACUCCUCUGCGCUUUUCGGUGGCUACUCGUCCUACCAGGUGCAGGGGGCGGCGGCGGCGGCGGCAGCGGCAGCCGCCAACGGCUUUGGGGGCUACGAUGCACCGGUCCCAGUGUCCCACCACCAGCCGGCCUUCCAGUCAGCGACCCAUCUGGAUGUGGACUCGUACCAGCGCUCGGCCUGCUCUUUGCAGUCACUGGGCAGUAACAGUGGCCACCAGCAGCAGCAGCAGCAGCAGCUAGCCAAGACCAAGGAGCUGAAUGGCAGCUGCAUGCGGCCCAGUCUGCCCCCCGAGCACCACCCCGGCUCCCAGGUGUCCCCUCCACUGCCCCCCAACCCCAGCAACGGUAAUACUGGGGCUCAGCAGCCGGGGGGCACUGCUGGGGCCUCCUCGGUCUCUAAAUCAGGCCCCAAUAAGUCGUCUAAUUCUUCCUCCUCCACAUCGUCCUCCACGUCGUCCUCCUCCUCGUCACUGCCCCCCAACCCCACCAUGUCCAAGCAGAUCUUUCCCUGGAUGAAAGAGUGUCGACAGGCGACCAAGCAGAAAAACGGUUCACCCAGCAACAACUCUGGCAAUGUAUCAGGAGGAGCUGAGAGUGGCAGCAGCGGGGAGAAGAGUCCUACCGGCGGGUCGUCAGCGUCAUCUAAGCGGGCUCGUACGGCGUACACCAGUGCCCAGCUGGUCGAGCUGGAGAAGGAGUUCCACUUCAACCGGUACCUGUGCCGGCCGCGGCGCGUGGAGAUGGCCAACCUGCUAAACCUCUCCGAACGCCAGAUCAAGAUCUGGUUCCAGAACCGACGCAUGAAAUACAAGAAGGACCAGAAGUCCAAGGGCCUGAGCUCCAGUUCUGGAGGGCCCUCACCGACCGGCUCCCCACCCCUGACCAUGCAGUCCUCCGCCAGCUUCCUCAACUCAAUGCACCCCAUGGUAGGGGGAGGCGGGGGUGGAGGGGCCGGCUACGACGUCCCAUCUCCGCCAUCCUUCGGCAAGCCCCACCAGGGAGUGUCUUACUCCAUGUCCACUGCCUACUCCAAUGUCCCAAUGAAGGGCUGUCCCCCCCAACAGAAGUAUGGCGCCCCAGACCCGGACUACGGCGACCCCCAUCCUCACCACGGCCUAGUGCAGGCCAACAACGCUGGCUACGGGACUCCCACCAACAUGCAGGCCAGUCCAGUCUACGUGGGGGGUGGCAGCUAUGUGGAACCCAUGCCCGGUUCGGGGCCCUCCAUGUACGGGCUAAACCACCUCGGCCCCACGCCACCCCACCACCAAAACAUGGACUACAAUGGCGCGGGGCCCAUGUCAGCCGCCAACCAGCAUCACGUGGGCGGAGGGGUCCCCCCGGGUCCUUGUGACCCGCCCACACACCCGACGUACACCGAGCUGUCGGCGCACCACAACUCGACUCAGGGCAGAAUCCAGGAAGCACCCAAGCUCACUCACCUGUAGCAGGUUUGGAACAACGUAGGAAAUAGUGAAGAUGACACAGAACACGUAACACGACGUGACUCACUAACAGACUAACUAACACGCGGGGACUCUACUGCUGCAACGGGACGGCAGGAGAGACAAAGGGAGACAGACAGGAGGACAUCCAGUGGUUUGUCCUGUGCUCAUGCCACAAAGGGGAGCAAUCAGUGUUUGGUGUUGUCCGGCCCACCCUGUUUCCCACCCUAGAGCUUUCACUGUUACCUUUAAGCUACAUCCACACUAAUACGUUUUCGUUUUAAAACGCAUAACUUUUGCUACGUUUAUGCCUAGCGUCCACGCUACUACGACGUUUUCAAGCCCUUAAAACGGAGACGUUCGAAAACGCUCCUGACCCCGUUUUAGUUUUAAAACUCUAGGGUCGUGUUUUAGUCUGGACGGACAGAAACAGGUACCGUUGAAAACAAUGACACAGACGCCCAUGUUCGCAUCUUGAUUGGGUCUUAUAAGUCAUGACGUGUCCUCCCUGAUUCGUCACGUCCCAUCACGCAAACCUCAGCCUCGUCCACCAGCGGUUCAUUUCAACAUGGAUAACGAGUUACAAGCGUUGUUGACCUUGUUGUCUCUGCAAGCAGCUGUUGUGCAGUUAAAUUCUGCAUUUUAUAAUGAUACUACUUCCAACAUGUGGAGGAGGCAAGCUACAGUAUUCUUCGAAUGCUUUAAAUCAAUUCCCGUGUCCAGCGCUGCUUCCUGUUUACACCGGCACACAUGUCCAGUGUACUUGAAUGGUCAUGUGAUAUAUGUUUUCAGGUGUGAUAUUUAGCCCUAAAACGCUCAUCUGGACGGAGAUCGUUCUAAAACAGCUUUUUAAAAUGAAAACAUAUUAGUGUGGAUGUAACCUUGAUGUGCAGUUAAUUUGAUGUUAAAAAGACAAGAGUUGUGCCUAUUAAGUAGCAGCAAUGGACACAAACCAUUCGUGUUGCCAAAAGAGUCAAUAAAAGGCACAUCUCUGCAGUGUGAAAGUACCGAAAUCAAUGGUAGUUGCCAAUACAUGUCCACGUUUUUUUUCUGACCAAAUUUACUAACUUUCUCUGCUACUGAAACCUCACAUCCUCAUACAGGAAUAAUUUGAAUAAUAAUUUAACGUAUACAUUCAAAACUGCUUAAUAUUUGAGUACAUUAUCAGUGAUUUUUCACCCAUGCUUCCAUAUUUAUCAUGAACCUCUUUAGAGCACUCUGCUCCGAGUGUCCCAGGGCAGCGAAGCAUAUUGUAGGCGUGGGAGAAGAAGUGUACAGUCAAUUGUCUCCCACGUCCCCCUGGGGACAAUAAAUGUCAGGGAGCUCAUCUUGUGGCACUGGUGCAGAGACAUAUCGGCAGCUGUAUGGCAUAAGAGGAUCUACGGUGAGCUCCAUUGUUUAGUCAUUAGACUGAUAAUCUACUGCACAGUCAAUCAGAAAAAAAAACUGCAAUAUGGAUAUUCAAACAAAGCUAGUUUUUCAUUCAAAAUAUUUCUCAGAAACCAAAAAAAAAUCUAAUAUGAAAGAACUAUCUCCCUGUAUAAUGUGUUAUAUUGAAGUCACUCAGCAAAAAAAAAAAAAAAAAAAAAUAUGUGUGGGUGGAGCAAAUUGCAGCAGUAGCUCAGCUAGCAUGUUGUUAGUGCUAGUAUGUGGUUUAAAAUUGUACUUUGGUAAUAAAAUCUCCCCCCUAAGACACACAUAUACAAACAGCUCUCCCGCCUGGUAAAUGAAAUAGUUGAGAUUUUAAUGGGCAGUUAACGAGGUGGUUAGAUUUAUGACGCUGAGCUCUCUCCCCCUCCAGGCAACACAUGUUGUUGUCAGCCGAGCUGAGCUAUGUGGAGGGCUCUGCCUCUCCAUCAGCCGGAUAGAGAGAGAGAAAGAGAGAGAGAGAACAGAAAUAUAUGGCUGGAGCUGCCAGCACUCGUCUUCCUGUGUUCCCCUCGUUCCACGGAGCACAUAAAACCACUGGAUGGUCUUCCCCUCACUGUCUCUUUGUGCCUCCUGCCGUACCCGUGUCUGUCCGUCCAGACUGAAUCACUACUAACCCACCGUCUCCUGUCUGUGGCAGCAGCACAUGGCUUCUGAAGGAGGCAAAAUUUCCCACAAUCCGCCACAGACUGACCCCCCCCACCACCCCACACACACACACACACACACACGCACACACACAUGUACACGCACACAUCCAUCACCACACAUGCACUCCCCACCCCUCCCAUCAAUCUAACAGGGUUUAAGAAGCUACAAGCUCAAAGGCUGAACUAGCUCCCAUAGACAUACACAUCUGUGCUAAGCUAAGCUCACAUCUCCACACACACGCACACACACACACACACACACACACACACACACACACAGCAAUGCUAAGCUAGCUUCCUUUUGUUGACACACGUCUGCAGCCAGGUUACGCCAGCUGUUGACAACUUUAAACAAACACAUGAGAGGACAUGGAAGAGACAUUUUUAAUGUUCUUAUGUUAGCACAUCAUCGACACAGGGUAAAUAAUAAGAGUGGAGAACACUAUUUAUUUAUGUUUGGGUAAAUCAUUGCCCUCCCCUCUCUCUUUCUCUCUCUCUCUGCCUCUCUCUCUCUCCCUCUCUUUCUCUCUUUAUCACUUUGGAAGGGUUCACUUAGGCUACAUUAGCGAACACCAAUGCGAAAAAGUCCACAUUUUUAUAUUGUUUUUGUUUUGUUCUCGCAUAUCUUGACUUUUAACGUGGAUACAGGGUAUAUAUUUGAACAAAAAUGCAUGUCCCAGAAAUCUGAGCAGAUGUGUGUAUCACACUUUCUUUUAAAACAGCUGGGUUUAUUUGUGUUAACCGUCAGUGAGGGGAGUUUUGGAGCAACAGACUGACAGAGCAGACUGUUUCAGCCAGUGUUGGUAAGGUUGACCCCUCGCGACCUUCUCUGCUGUUCUCCAAAUAAACCCUUUGUAUGUUUUUCAAAAAAGUGCAGAUUUACACAAAAGCUUUUUUCACAUCUGGGCAUCAUUGUUGCACUUAGAGUUUACAUUUUGAUGGUUAAAAGGUAAAAAUAAUAAUGAUAAAAUCUUAUUUUGAAGACGGAAGGCCCUCCAAUCAAAGCGUCUUUCGUCAAUGUGUGUUCAAGUGAACAUUCAUAUAUAAAUAUUUAUUUGUUAUAGUCGGUUUAAAAAGACUUUCUGUUUUGUAUUAUUAUUAUUUAUCCUUCAUGUAUUUAUAUCGAGAAAAAAUACUGUACUUUUUUAGUAUUUACCUGUUAUGAAAGAAAAAAAAAAAAAACGUUGUGUUUCUUCUUGUCCAUUGUACUGAAGUUACAAUUUUUUUAGUUCUUGUAUUUUAGAAGAAAAAACGUAGUUUUUAUGUUCCUAUAAUGACCCCUUGUACAUACAUGUCUUGGCUUGUACAGGGAAAAAGGACAAGGGUGGGGAUUGGUGACCCAUCCGUGUCAUAGUCAGAAAAUUUAGACAAACUACUAGCUGGAAAAAAAGAGUCUUUUUGGAGAAAAACAACUUCUUUCUUUGUCCUUUGUAGCUCCUUUUUCUUUCAUUGUUGAGAGAGUUGUCUGUCGAACAAUUCUUUAAUAAAAUGUUAUGUUAUUCAGA